AUGAAGUCGAUAGUUCGGAGCCAAACACGCUCGUCUAGCAUGCCUUCGAGAUCUUACCCUCUCACAAUACGCCCUGAAUUCGACUUAUAUUUGCAUACACUAAACUAUGAAAACGAGCCCACCUCUUCUUCUUCUUCUUCAUCCUUAUUGUCAAUGGCCAAAAAACUGCACAAUCUCGAAGGUAUAUACGACUGUGUCGAUAACUUACUCCUUUUGCCACAUACACAACAAUUUUUCACCCGAGGAAGGCGCGAAAAAUGGUUCGAUGAAAUCUUGGAUGGAUAUCUCGGCCUAGUGGACACUUGUGCCACGGCUAAAGAUUUCAUCUCCCAAUCGAAAGAUUACAAUUCGAACCUCAUUUCGGUCCUCAGGCGCAAGCGGGUCUCGCAAGAUCUUUCCGAGUUCAUCUCCUCAAGAAAGACAAUCAAGAAGCAAAUACAAAAAUCGUUGAGAAAUAUCGGUAGCUAUAAAAAGAACUCCUUUGUUUUAUCAGGAGACAAAGAUCACGAAACCAUUGCCAUCAUUCGCAUGUUUAAGGAGAUCGAGCGUACGACAUUCGAGUUGUUCGAGGCAUUACUUUCGAGUGUUUCGGGGGAAACGAGCAGUUCAAGGCCAAGUAAAUGGUCCCUAGUUUCAAAGCUUAUGUGGUCGAGAAAAGUUUCGUGCCACGAGCAUAAGAGUUCGAUGCUCGAGUUCGGAGAUUUGGAUGCUUCGUUGAGUAAAUUUGUUAGUAAAUGCGAGACAGGCUCGAAAAUCGAGGAGUUGCAGCAACAGUUGAGGGAGAUGGAUUUGAUUAUUAGAGUGAUUGAGGAAAGAUUGGAGUGUUUGUUCAAACGUUUGAUUAAAUCAAGAGUUUCAUUGCUUAACAUGCAGAGCCAAUUGUAG